GGGAGAUGUAACGGCCGAUAUUCUGCGGCGGCUGGGGGCCGCGGGGAUGCUGCUUAUCGCGCAGCGCGUGUGUACCACGUGGUGGAAGGCUUGCAAGGAUCCCGCCUUGUGGCGAGUCAUCAAUUUCUCCGACCCUAAUGAAAGGAAAUGCACCCGCAAGUACAUUGCCAUGUGCCGCCACGCAGUGGAUCGUAGCCAGGGACGGUUGCUCGACCUCACCAUUCAGUAUUUCGGCGACGACGCACUCAUGAACUACAUCGUUGAUCGAUCACCAAAUCUAAAACGCCUUAAACUUGGAUCUUGCUUUUACAUAUCAGGAUAUUGUGCAACUAGAAUGGCUGCAAAACUUGGCCAUUUGGAAGAAUUGCACCUUACUCUUAGACCAGGCAUUGGUGCUGCCGACAUUGAAGCUAUUGGCUAUUCUUGCCCAAUGUUGAAAUCAUUCUCAUGCAACGGAUUGAAGUACAGGUUUCCGCCAUUGUUAACAGGUGUUUAUUUACCCGUAUACUAUCGGAAUCUGUAUGCUUUUGCAAUCAGUAAAAGCAUGCCUAAUCUGCAGCAUCUUCAACUCUUUGCACAUUGGAUCGAAAAUGAAGGACUAGAAUUGAUCCUUGGCGGAUGUCCGCGCCUCGAAUCUCUUGACAUCAGGCAAUGUUUUGAACUCGAUCUUCGAGGGGAUUUGGGGGAAAGAUGCCAUCAGCGAAUGAAAGAGCUUAAACUCCCUAACGACUCCGUCAGUGAUGUACCGUGGCCUAAUUGCUAUGGUGGCGAUCCGUUUGAUCCUUCUACCCCCAUGGUUGAAUAUUACGUGUAUGACUAUCAUAAAGAAUAUGGAGAUUAUCAUGGACGUUACCCCAACAACUUCAAUUGAUUCUUAGCAUGGUAGACGUAAAGAAAGAAGAAUCGAAUUCAGAGUCAUUAGAGAGUUUGGGCAUGAUGAAUUUGGCUAUCGAAAGUUGUUUGAUAUGGGAGUGCAUUAGAGUUGAUGCAGCGAAAAUUUUAUUUUAAUGUUAU